AUGCCACGCAGGAAAAACCACCUCAAACUGCUCGACUCGAUCGCCGCCCGCGUCCCUGGCCGACCUCAUCGAAUCGCACAAGCUGCGACGCUGCGUUUCCUGACCGGACACUUGGGCAAGGACGUCCCACUUGCUGUCGUCUGCCAUCUCAAGCUCCCAAACGGAUCGACCUUCUCGAUCCACGGCGCUAGCGCCGCUUGGCACGAGCAAGUCAGCGACGAGGUGAAGCGCGUGCUGAGGGGUCUUGAGCUGCGGGCUAUGGCUGGGUCAUCGGCGGAGUUUCGGGCUGGAGCUGGGGUAAAGAUGAAGAGUCCAGAGUUCCGGAAGGGCGACUUUACGGGUUUGGCGGAGCGGGUGAGGGACGCGGUUUGUGUUGCUGUGAAGCCGGAUUUGGGGGAUCUGGAGACGCAAGAGACUAAGGGGUGUUUUGGGACUUGGGCGAGUGACUUUCAGGGGUAUGGCAGGCAGGGUCUUCGUUUUGUUUGA